CAAACCGUUCCUGGGAGACAGAGAGCAGCCCUGCCCUUAUAUGCUUAUGAGCUCACCGGUUGUCCGGCUGUGGAUUUGGGUCUAAUAAUGCAUACCUAUUGAUGCACAAUUUAAAUAUAUCACAGGUGUCUUAUUAUGUGAGUGGCUCGGAGGCUUUAUAUGAACAUUUUUGAACAGCGACAAGUCCUGAGAGAGUAAAUCGGGCCCCGCUUUUUACCUUAAAAGAAAGAAACUGUUAGCGUCCAGAAGACACGGAGCGCAUUCCCCACGCGCCAGCCUCGCGACACCUGUUGCGGGUGUGUUUAGCUUUUUAAAAGCGUCCUAGGGGGCGGGGCUAAGAUGACAGACGCAGCUCGCCUGCAGCUCCACCGACGCCAUCUGUCCUGCGCUUCCGUGAAAUCCGAGGCCAGCUUUCCUUUUAAGAUGGUGACAAAGAGGAUCCGCUCCGAGUACAUGAAGAAAUUCAAGGAUCCGAAAUGGGAGACCUACACCAAAUGCUACGAGGAGAUGCUGAAGUACAGACUGACACGCAGGCUGCUGGAGUACACACACAAACCCUGGUUCUGGAGCGGUUCUGACAGUGAUUCAGACUCAGGAGACAGGAGCCCACCUCCCUGCAAGAACCAGGUAGGGGUUGAAUCCAGCAGACAAAAGAGAGAAACGGAGGAGUGUCAGGAGGUGAGGAAGACCAGACAAGAGGAGCAGCAGACCAGAAGCACAGGUCCUCCACCGAGAAUCCCCAUUGGAGAUGAUGAGGAAGAGGAUGCUCCACAAUCUGUUCAUGGCUCACAGCAUGACAGCACCAGGGAGACGAGACUCUUGCAAGUAGAGGAAGAGGAGCAGAAAGCCAAAGGAAACAAACAGUCAACAGCAGUUCCCAGAGAUCCAGAGAGAGUCAGAGAGUUUACGCAACCACAACUGAGAAAAUCCUCCAAAUCGACAAAAAGAGCACAGAAGGUGAGGCCCGCUCCACCAAGGCAGCCCGGAAAGGAUGCAAAGGAAAGCAGGCAUCCAUUCGCUCUAUACGGCUCAGGGGAGAGGAGUGCUGACGUGGCAGGCAGAAGGACGCACAACGUCGGCCCUGCGGCAUCCACGACUGAGAUCCAUGAAUCAGCUCUACGUGCGAGGACCAGGAGGGAGGUGGAGCGACAGAUGCAGAUCCAGCGAAGUGAGAAGAGGAGAGCAAAGUCUGCGGAUGUGGAAAAGGCCAGAAGACUCGUUGAACCAGAGUUCAACCCUUGGCUUAGCGAGUACAUGCGCUGUUUUUCUGCUCGCUCUCGAUAGGAGGACUAUUGGUGAAUACACAAAAUAUAAAGCUAAGUCUCUUUUGGGGUCUACACACCUGUGGAACCACAACAGACUCAUGCCAAAAAAACAUGUUUAGUCACAGAAGCAUUCAGUUUGCAAACUUUUUACACUGAAAUUAUAUCUGUGGCUUUUAGAUCAUAGUUUGAAUGUUCUACUUUUAUAGAUUUUAAAGUGAGAAAGAUGUUACAAAAAAGAAAACAUUCUCAAACCUUGAAACAAAUAAAUGAAGGAUAGGAAAUUCUGUCCUAAAUUCAUCUAAAAGCCAUAGUUUGAUGCAACCUUUCUUCAUAAACUCAACAUCACUCACCCAUCGUUUAGAAGUGUGAUAAAACCAAAUUUAUAGUUACGGUUAAUUAUGUUUUAAUAGUUGCUGUUUUGUUUUCUAAAUCAUUUCCAAAAUUAGAAAAUAAAACUGACCUUUCUCGAGACUAAAUUCAGCUGCUCUUGACAGAAAACUUUUAACUGUAUUUUUUUAUGUAACUGUUAAUAAGUAUUUUACACAAGUUUACUAAAUGCAUCUACUGUAUUUUACCUAGGAAUAGUCACAUAAUGAAGUGUGUCCCUUUAAGAAAAAAGAAAUCCUGAUCUUGUGUGCCAUACAAUUUAAAAUUGAUUUUUUUUUUUCAUCACAUUUUUUUACUUCUCAUAUGACGGUUGUAAAUAUCAACUCUCAACCAAACCAGGGUGCACCCUUCUGCAACUGUGAGCCUGAAAACAAGAGAGGAACUGAAAUGGAUAGUUAAAAUGAAAAAGAUGUUGAAGACAUUUAUCAUUCCAGCACGGAUUUAAAUUUUGUAAAUAAAUUUUCAUGGAUUUUUAGUGUUGUGCAAUAUUUCACAGUAACUAAAUACCAGUGGCUUUUUAAUAUUUAAACUUUUAAAGCAAUUCAAGAGGAAAUAGAAAAUAGCUUGUGUGCAAACAUACCAAAAUUGAAAAACUAAGCACCUCUGAAUAUAUAUAUUUUUUUUCACAUCAACAUAUUUGUUUCAUGUGAUUGUGCUUAUUAAUUCUGUUUCUUCAAACAGGAUUCUUUUGAUAAAUUAUUUCCGAUGGCUUCAUGUCCGUUUUGUCCUCAGCAACAAAAUAAAACGAACAAAAAUCUG